AUUCCUGCUCAGUCUACUCUGGGGGCUUGACGGAGUAGGAUUGUUUCGUCGUAUCCUCACUUUCAAUUAAUAUAAUGCCCACUGUAUAAUACGCGAGUGAGUGUGUGUGAACCAUACCAACUUAAGUGUCGGUUACACCCCUCCCCGCGAACUGUAUAGUCCAGUCAAGGUCACCAUUCGUCUAUUUGACACCUGUUGUGUUUGUACACUGUACAUAAGACAAUAGACUGCGAGUUAAUGUAGAAAUGUGUUUCAACAAAAAGUUAAUCAAAUUGGCGGAUUAUUUCCGGUUGCUCUUCGACGUAUCUCGUUAGUGAAGGACAAUAAAACAUUCAAAAUGAUUUGCUGUAGAAAAAUAGUGUUCACCAAACUCUUGUUAUGUAUGUUUGUGUCCUGUGCAUGGAGCCGAUCAUGGGCAAACCAUCAUGAUACUACAACUUCAACAACACAAACCACACCAACGACUAGUUCAGUACCAAAAAAUUUUCACAAUGAUCCACUCAUUGUUGAGACUAAGAGUGGUCUCGUCAAAGGCUACGCCAAAACGGUAAUGGGACGUGAGGUGCAUAUCUUUACUGGAAUUCCAUUUGCCAAACCCCCUUUAGGACCUUUAAGAUUCCGUAAACCUGUACCAAUCGAACCCUGGCAUGGCGUUCUCGAAGCGACGGCCAUGCCUAACAGUUGUUAUCAAGAAAGAUAUGAAUAUUUUCCUGGUUUCGAGGGAGAAGAAAUGUGGAAUCCUAACACGAAUAUAUCAGAAGACUGUUUAUAUUUAAAUAUUUGGGUGCCACAGCAUUUACGAGUUCGUCAUCACCAAGAGAAGCCUCUAACAGAAAGGCCAAAAGUACCCAUUCUAAUAUGGAUAUACGGCGGAGGUUACAUGAGCGGAACAGCUACACUUGACCUGUAUAAGGCAGACAUAAUGGCUUCUUCUAGUGACGUUAUAGUGGCUUCCAUGCAAUAUAGAGUUGGUGCAUUUGGAUUUUUAUAUUUAAACAAAUAUUUUUCACCUGGAAGCGAAGAAGCACCGGGAAACAUGGGUUUAUGGGAUCAACAGUUAGCAAUACGAUGGAUCAAAGAUAAUGCUCGUGCAUUUGGUGGUGAUCCCGAUCUAAUUACUCUGUUCGGUGAAUCAGCAGGUGGUGGAAGUAUCAGUUUGCAUAUGCUUUCACCAGAAAUGAAAGGCUUGUUUAAAAGAGGCAUAUUACAAUCAGGGACUUUAAAUGUUCCGUGGAGUUGGAUGACAGGAGAGAGAGCACAAGACAUAGGAAAAGUUUUAGUCGAUGAUUGUAAUUGUAAUAGUAGUCUAUUGUCUUCUGAUCCAAGUUUAGUCAUGGACUGUAUGCGUGGUGUCGAUGCUAAAACGAUUUCUGUUCAACAGUGGAAUUCAUAUACUGGUAUAUUAGGGUUUCCGUCCGCUCCCACAAUUGAUGGAGUAUUUUUGCCGAAAGAUCCCGAUACAUUAAUGAAAGAGGGUAAUUUCCAUAACACAGAAGUGCUACUCGGAAGCAAUCAGGAUGAAGGGACUUAUUUCUUGCUGUAUGAUUUUCUCGACUAUUUUGAAAAGGAUGGCCCGAGUUUCUUACAACGAGAAAAGUUUUUAGAAAUCAUCGAUACAAUUUUUAAGGAUUUCUCUAAAAUUAAGAGAGAGGCAAUUGUAUUUCAAUAUACUGACUGGGAGGAGAUCACUGAUGGUUAUUUGAAUCAGAAGAUGAUCGCUGAUGUGGUCAGCGAUUACUUUUUUGUGUGUCCUGCCAACUAUUUUGCCGAAGUACUUGCUGACUCAGGAGUUGACGUUUAUUACUAUUAUUUCACUCAUCGCACGAGCACCAGUCUUUGGGGUGAAUGGAUGGGUGUCAUGCAUGGAGAUGAAAUGGAAUAUGUCUUUGGACAUCCACUGAAUAUGUCCUUGCAGUACCACACGAGAGAACGAGAUUUGGCUGCCCAUAUCAUGCAGUCAUUUACCAGAUUUGCUCUUACUGGGAAACCACACAAACCUGACGAAAAGUGGCCUCUGUACUCGAGAUCAUCGCCUCAUUACUACACGUACACCGCUGACGGUCCUAGCGGCCCUGCCGGCCCUCGUGGACCUAGAGCUUCGGCCUGCGCCUUCUGGAAUGAUUUCCUGAACAAGCUUAAUGAACUGGAGCACGUCCCAUGUGAUGGCGCAGUCACGGGCCCUUAUAGCAGUGUAGCUGGAACUACGUUGCCCAUAGCGCUGCUUACGACUCUAGCUACGACUGUCACAUUGUAAUUUAUAUUCUAGCUCAAACGUUAUUAAGUAUAUUUUCAAAGACAGUGAAAUAAAAUGUGCUUAGUACAAUGUAGUUAUAUGGAGUUUUAGGCGAUUUAUUUUAUAGUAAAAAUUAUUUACAGUUAUAGAAAGUGUUUCGUGGAAAUAGAAUUUAUUAGAGUUACAAAGAGGACAAGAAACCAUGUUCCGAUAUUGAACUUUGAUAUGAACAAUUGAAUUAUUGAUUGUCAACUGGUUGUAAUACCAUAAUUGGUGAGAAAUGUGAACUCGUGGUAUUCGUAUACAAAGAUUUGUAAUGUAUGGUAAUAAUAAUGUGAAUGUAUCCAAUAUUACGGUAUUGUUUGGAAGAAGGUAAUGGAUAAUUAACUAUUAUAUACAUACAAUACUUUGUAUUAUUUCUUAAAUAUUAUAAAAGUUCAUUUGAAAUUGUAUAUAAUAUAUUUGUAGUGUAGAAAAAUAUUACUUGUGUUAUCGGAAAUUGUUUAUUUUAGGACGUUCCUGUAGUAGUUUAUUUGAUUGUUUGACGUAUUAAAAUAAUUAUAUGUUUCAUGUUAUAAUAUUCGAGAAAUUGACAGGUAAAAUCCUUAGUAUGUGUGUGUAAUCUAUUAACUUUAGAGAAUUAUAUGUCAGCUUUGAUUGUUGAAGCCAUGCUUUCACACACUACAUGGGAUAUCACUUUACAUAUCAACAUGUGCCUCUGCUUAAAUAGCAAAUUACAUAUCUUUAUUGUAGCAAAAUUUUAGAAUUUUAUAUUGAUAAAGCAAAUAUAAAAGUCGAGCGUAUACUGUGAGACGAAUUUUUAUCAAUAUAUUUAUGUAUAUUUACUACUAUUUAGGAAGCUAUAAAUUUGUACCACUUGAAGAUCUUAUGAACUCCAAAUUCUUAUGACUUCGAACAGAUAAUAUUAUAUUUUGUAAAUAAAUCCCUUCUUAUGAAUAGUCACAAUAUACUAAACACUAUAUAGACUUAUUUGUGUACGUAUCUAUUAUACCUAAUAUUUAUGUAUAACAAAGAAACAAGUAUAGAGCACAAUGUUCAAUAAAUAGAUUGUUUCUUAGAGCUAUUUGUCACGAUUUAAAUGCAGAAAAACAUACACUGCCGAAUGAUAUCUAUUGUAUUGUCACUAUCUACCAGAGAGAGUGACAAUCGGCAAGAGUUUGAAAUAGUCUAAACAGUAAAAUGUACGUAUGUGUAUUUAUGUAAUGUAACUAUACUACUAGAAAAUAAAAUAAGCCUGCUGCCCGCAUUAAUAAUAAUGAAAAGCCUUGUUAUUUUUCAUGCGCGUCGCAGAGUUAUUUUGUUUACUAGCUAUAAAUAAAUAAAGAUCAGUUUACUUCGCAAGGGCUGAAGAGUACUAUAGAAAUGGAGAUGUUUGAUACUUAUCUAUGACCUCAAUACUUUUACAAGCAUUUCUAUUUACAAGAGGUAUCCUAUAACUAUACUAUAUACAACAAUCAUAAUAAAUCGUAAAUCUAACUCAAUUUAUACUGAAAUUAAAUGAUUGCAUUUUCCUUUGUCCCUACCUAAACUGUAGCUUAAUAAUGCUUUAAGUGAAAAGUAUCUUAUGAAUUACCUAAAUAGAAUGUUUUAUACUUUAAAAUAAAAUUUAUACUAAAGAGACACUUAGCGUUAAAUAUUUAUAUGCGAUUGUCAAUUACUAUCCUUGGAAGUGUCCUGGAAUGUAUUGGGAUCACGAUGGAAAUGGUAAACGUACUUUAUAAGUAAAUAUCAGAUAUUUUGCAUAGAAGUAUGAAACGGCAUUAGUGUGUAGACGUUUAUGUUAAUUUGAAAAUUCACGUUAUAUAAAAUAGAUCAAUGUUUAGUGUAUAAAGAUGUUAUUGAAUACAAAUAUUGAGCACAAUGUAGACAUGUGUCGUACCUUUCUUUAUUGUCACAUUUAAUAUAGCGGUACGCGUCCAGUUUUCAAUAUCAGCUGUUUAUACCAACAACAUGAUAAGUAAUAUCACUAAAUAUCACUAAAUUAUAGCUAAGAGUACAAGCAAUUAUUUGACUUAAUUUAAUUUACAUAUAAUUAUUCAAUUAAUAUAUCUACUGCCAUUUUUGCAGUAAAUAACAAUAUUGAUUUUUUAAUUACAAGAAUAAAUAAUAUUUACACAUUUGUUUCAUAGUCAAAACAUGCCCCGAAUAGUCACUAAAAAAAUACCUACACUAUAGAACGAGGCGUAUUUCAAUGGAAGUAUUAAUAAAUACUUAUAAUGAAGUGGAGAUACGUAUAAAGUGAGAAAACGGAACGCAUCGUAUUUAUUACCAAGUUCAUGGAAUUCAGAAAAACGGAUGUGUACCCAUUAAACAGUUGUUGCUUUAUCGACAAAGGCUAUUGUCAAAGAAAACACAAGUACACCAUUCGCUUUUUCGUCGAAUUAAGCACAAUUUGAGAAGUUGUAUGGGAUAGCUUUAAUUAGAUAAAUAUAAGAUGUAAAGUGAUCUAAUUAAGGAAUGUAAACUUUAAGGUAGCAAGUCAGUGUUAUUUUUGUCCGCUGCAUUACUAUGUAAAAAAUGAUGUUAUUUUUUAAAUCCAAAUCUAUCGCCUCUUACACUACGGUAGUGUAACGGUAUAUCUCCGAUUAGUUAGUACAAUUUUAAAGCUGAAUAUUUUUAAAAUAAUAAGAUCAAAACUAUAUAAUAAUCACAUUAUGUGACAUAUAUCAGUAUGCAAAUUAAUAUAAAAGUAGUUGUUUAACCCCUGGUCGAGUUUAGGUCUUUUUUACUUUAUCAAUGUAUUCCUAAAAAAUUAUAUAUUUAACGCCUAUACACAAUACCUAAUCUUCUUUACUUGACAAAUUUUCUAUUACAUUUCAGUUGAGGCCUAAAUUGCUUUCAUGAUGAAUCAAACUUAAUUUUAUACAAUAUAAAAAAAAAAAGUAUUAAAUUCCAAUGCUUAAAACUAAAAAUAAAAUUAUUUAGAUGUUACGUACUAAAAUAACUGUCUAUAAGUUACUCAAUAGAUGUAGCUUAGAAUAAAUUUAAUAUUGAUAGAUUGAAUGUGAUUGCCAUUAGUAAUUUAUGUAACAUAUAACAUUUCUCAUAGUUCGGUAUUGUAAUCAAGAAAUACAGUAUUAUUAAGAGAUUUUCCAAAUGCACGGUACUGAAUAAGUCAAAAUACACUUACCACAAUUUAGCAGUCAACCAUUGAUAGAAUUCAAAACUACUUAUAUUUUAUGUCUCUUUUAUGUGUAGUAAAUUAGAAGAUAUGGUAUUAUUUGUUAGUUAAAGUAAAUGUUCAAUGUUAAUUAUGUAAUGAAGCUUACAUUCAUUACGCAAACAAUUGUAGUAGGUACUGCUUUACAAAUUAGGUGCUAAUUUUAAUAUAUGUAUGUAUACAUAAUGAGUGUACACUAUUGAUUUUGUACUACUAAAUACAACUGAAAUGCGAAUGACGUUGACAAUAUCUGCAUAACAAUGUUUUAAAUUGUUGCGUAUUGUUUGCACUUGGCCCAUACGAUUAUUUCAUCGAUGUUUAUUAAGUUAUAAGACAAUGUGUAAGUACGAAUUAUUACAGUUGUACAUGUUUUGUGAUAAAUAUAAUAGGAACAACAAGGAGUCUGGUUGGUAUACUGUAAUGGAGUGUAGUUCGGCCAGUGUGAAUAUAACGUAACUGUGUGCUGUUGUAAAGCUUUCAUUGUAGGCGAUUCUUCAUUUCUUAGUUCAAUUCUCGCAUGACCUUUAUCUAUAAAAAAAUAUACUCAUAAUUUCCAAAUAACUAGAAAAUUGUAUAAUUAAUCAUAUAACUCAUAGAAUUUGAAUGUAUUAUGUCAGUUAAUUAGAUGUUUAUUAGAGUUCUGACAUUGUGUAAAUUCGUUUGUACAGUUGCACGAAGAUUUAUUUCACUGUAGUGAGAACAAUUAAUAUUUUUAUCUGAAUACGUUAGACAAUAGUUAUAAUGUUUUGCUUUACAUAUUUAAUUAUUAUCUUUAUUCAGGAAAUUACUCAAUAAAAUUUAAUUAAAA